AUGUCAACUGGUCCCGGAGAGGGACUUGAGGCUGUGAGCACUGAUGGCACCAGGACACCUUUGAGUGAUAAUAUAGAUGCAGUCAGCCAUAUUACUAUUCAAGAUCCAGGAAAGUCAGUCAGAGUAUCGCAGAAAGCUGUUCCAGAAGCUAGACACACAAUUCAAAGAAAUAGCGAAGAAACGAGUAAAAUGGUAAAGACUAGGAACGACUGGCUUUCUGACACAAGAACGAAUAGAGAUUCGAGUACAGUACCGUCACACAGUGCAAAAAUAUCCGCUGCAAGAGAGAGAUUUCUUAUGGAUCAGAAAUCGUCCAAAGAUUUAGAAAAUGUAAAAGCUACUUCUCAUGAUUACUCGCAUGUUCAUGGUACAGAUGUUACAAAACAAUCACAAAAUAUUAAUGAAAUUGAAAACCAAAAUAACAAGGAAGUUCUAGAGUCUAGAACGUCAUCUGAACAUAAAACUAACAACAAAAUCAACAGGAUAAAGUCUAAAGCCAUAAUGGAAACCAAAAAUUCUUGUGUAAAUGAGUCUGUGAAAAAUUUUAAUAUUGAAAACCAUAAAUGUAUAAAGAGUGAUGUUUGCAAGGAAGUAGAUAGUUCCUCUUCAUCACGUCCAUUACAGGCAUUACGUAAUAUAAAGGCCAGUACUGAAAAUGCUAACAUUAAAGAAAUUGCAUCAAAUAAAGGUUCAGACUCUAUAACCGAAAAUAAAAAUUUGAAACAAGGAGCCAUAUACUGUGACUCGAAUAUAACAGAACAAACCAAGGAGGAAAUUAUUAAUAGUAAGAAAGUUAGACUUUCAAAAGAAUCUGAAACCAUUUCCAGUAAUUCUAAAGGGCUUGUUCCUAAUGGCGUUCUUACAAAUGGCUGGCCUGAUAUUAAAAGCUACACUGUGGAACAAAAAAUGGAAAACUUACAGAACUUGGAUAAUAAAAUCUAUUCUGAGUUAUGCACUUCCAGCUCAGAUGGAGAGAAUUUAAAUUUGGAGAGUCCUAAUAAACUAGAAAGUGCCCAAGAAGAAAAAGCACUUAUUGAAAAUAUAGUCAAAGAAAAAAGGGACAGUCGGGUGUCAAGAUUUGUACGAAUGUUCAACAGAAGAGAUACAGGUACUACUGAAAGUGGGGAGAGAUCCUCGGUUAGGAAAAGCCAGAGCAGAGUAUGGGGCAUGUGUUUACAGGUACAGAGUCCAAAUGUAGAGGGUGAGGCAGAUAAAGAUUUUCUCCAUAAGAGAUGUGAAAUAGCCAGCAUUAAAAGUGAACCCCUCAUAGAUGGCAGUUUCAGUGACAAGGAUUCUAGUUUUGAAGCAAACAGUGACAGGGGUAGAUCGUCAUCUAGUUUCAAUGAUAUAGAGGCAGCUAGUCAAGAGUCUUUAGAUUAUAUUAUUUGUGACAAUCGGCAUGAAAAGAACAAUAUUAAAUUGACCGCUGAAGAGCAAAAUAAGAACUUGUUAAGAAAUGGAGGAGGACGUAGAUCAUUUGACAAGCCUCGGAGAACGGCCAAAAGUCUUGCCAAGAGAUCAAACACUUUAGAUGAUGUAGAUGAUUACACAAAUAAAUAUUCCAGAUCAAGUAAAACCUUACCUGCUACACCUACCUCAGGGGUCACUGGUUUGGGGCAGGAUUCAAAUGCUAGUCACCCCUUUUAUAGAAGAUUCUACAGUCACUGCAUGAUUCUUCCCAUGAUGAAAAGGAAGAGACAGACGGCAAAGAAGUGUAUAGAGCACAAAAACUCUGAUACCAUAAUAGAUACUGACCCACAGAGUACGGCAGCUGUGUGUCAACAUGAAGAUAAUGUUGUAAAUGUUAAUACUGAAUUAAAAGAAGUACUGACAGCUAGGGCUUCCAUAAAGAGAUACGAAGAAAUUGAAGACUCGCCCCAAAAAAUUCCUGUUAUUGAUGAUCUUCUUGCAGAAAUAAUGGAGAAUGUGACAUUAAUGGAGCUUGAGGUGAAGCAAGAUGAAGAGAAACAUGCAAGUAUUCAAAGUACUCUAGAAGCUGAUAUAUUCUGUAGUGAGGAUCAUAGUCUAAGUACUAGCCGAAAUACACAUACCCGAUCUACACCGAGGAGUUGCAGUGAAGGCAUGAUAGACACAGGAGUUAAUGGUGAAAAUGAAGGGGCAGUAGAGAGAGCGAUAAUUAGCAACGAUUCUUGGGAUGGAGUGCUUGACUCGAGUUUCCUUGAGAACUUUGAUCAUACUGAUGAAAGCAGAAUUGCAGGGUCCGUUUCAAAAGUUGGGUCUCUUAUCUCAAAAUUUGAACAGAAUCCUUAAGAUGGAAACUAAUAUUUUAAUGAUUUAUGUAGAGGAUUUUGUUUGUGCAGUCUUAAAAAAAUUUAAGAACCAGUACUAUGAGAGAAUCUUGUGAAUCUUUAAUAUUUUUUAUAUGCCCCAAGGUGUUGGAUUUAAAUUUAACUUUUUAAUACAGAAAAAGUAAUUAUGUAAUACAGUAAUUAAUAUCGUUAUUUCUUAUUGAAAGAGCACUUUUAUUCUGCUGGUACAGUAUGCUGAGAAUCGUGUUGAAAUUAUGAAAUCAUUAAUUUCGUAUCAUGACUUAUACUGUACUUUCAACAUUAGUACAAGAAAAUGUAGAUUCAAUUCAGUACUUAAUCAGCUUGAGGUUUUAUUUCUCUUCUAAAGACAGAAUAGCAGCGUGAGGAGCUCGUGUAUGCAGAACAUUUAGAGGACUCGUCCUAUCUAUUGCUUUGACUGUCCUCAUUAUUAAGUGUGAAGACAACUAUGGUGUACCACCAUAAUACAGGAUAAUCAGUGCUUUUCAGUUUUUUUUGCUAGUCAUGCGUCCAGAUAACUGUAGUUGUGAAGACGGCUGGUGUUUGUAGAUAAUGUAAAUAUGCAUCUUGAUUUUAAUGCAGCUUGCUGGCUGGAGAAAAUUCAAAUUUGUUAUUAUAGGAAAAUUUAAGUACAGUACAGCAGUUAACUACCAAAUUACUGAUAAAUGUAGAGAAAUCAUGAUGUACAGCAUAGUAUUAUACCGUAAUUCAUCUGCGACUCGGCUUUACUGCCACACAGUGCAAGCUGAACUAAAAUGAAAAUGUUAUGUUGCAGAUGUUUUGAGCAUUCCUUUACCAGUACAUACAGUAUAUUUAUUAAUGAAACCCAAAAAGUGUGUUUUUUGGGUUUUUUGUUUUGUUUGUUUUUGUAAAUUACAGUUGGUUCCAACAUUGAAAUUUGAUCACAUCUACUGUGAUCAAAUAACUAACCAAACCUAUCCUAACCAAACAUAGCUAAGUCAGUAAUUCAUGUUCUUAAUAAAGUAAUAUUAAUUGGAAUAAACAAAUUUGAAAAGAAAUACUGUAUUUGAAAAUAACAAAAAUCACUCUGCAUGUAAGGCAAAGCAUCUUCCUUAAAUACUACGCCAAGUAGUGCAGUUCUGGUUAUUAGGUACGAUAAAUAUAUAAUUACAU